CCAAAAUCUGAUCCAUAUCCACUCUUGUCAAACACAGUAGACGAAGCAGCAGAGAUGAGCGCGGGCGUCGCCGCCGGCGAGAAGCCGCCGCACGCGGUGUGCCUGCCGUUCCCGGCGCAGGGGCACAUCACGCCGAUGAUGAAGCUGGCCAAGGUGCUCCACUCCAGGGGAUUCCACGUCACCUUCGUCAGCACCGAGUACAACCACCGCCGCCUCGUCCGCUCCCGCGGCGCGGCCGCCGUCGCGGGCCUCCCGGGGUUCCGCUUCGCCACCAUCCCGGACGGCCUGCCGGCGUCCGACGCCGACGCCACGCAGGACCCGGCGUCGCUCAGCUACUCCACCAUGACCGCCUGCCUCCCGCACUUCAGGAGGCUGCUCGCCGACCACGCCAGCCGCUCGGCGGCGCCUGACGUCGACGCCGUGCCGCCGGUCACCUGCGUCGUGGCCGACAACCUCAUGGGCUUCAGCCUCGACGCCGCGGCGGAGCUCGGCGUGCCGUGCGCGCUCUUCUGGACGGCCAGCGCCUGCGGCUACAUGGGCUACCGCAACUUCCGUCCGCUCAUCGACAUGGGCAUCAUCCCCUUCAAAGAGGAAGAGCAGCUGACGAACGGGUUCAUGGACAUGGCGGUGGACUGGGCGCCGGGGAUGAGCAAGCACAUGCGGCUCAGGGACUUCCCGACCUUCCUCCGCACGACGGACCGCGACGACAUCCUGAUGACGUUCCAGCUGCGCCAGGUGGAGCGCGCGGAGGAGGCGGACGCCGUGAUCCUCAACACGUUCGACGAGCUGGAGCAGCCGGCGCUCGACGCCAUGCGCGCCAUCACCCCGGCCGUCUACACCAUCGGCCCACUCGCGUUCCUCACGGAGCAGAUCGCGCCCGGCGGACCCCUCGACGCGGUAAGCUCUAGCCUCUGGAUGGAAGACGGCGCCUGCCUCGGCUGGCUCGACGGGAGGAAACCCCGGUCGGUGGUGUACGUGAACUUCGGGAGCGUGACGGUGAUGAGCGGGCAGGAGCUGGAGGAGUUCGCGUGGGGGCUCGCCGGAAGCGGCCACGACUUCCUCUGGAUCAUCAGGCCGGACGUCGUGAGGAGCGACGCCGCCGCCGCCGCCGCCGCCGCCGCCACCGCCGGCGCCGCGGCGCUGCCCCUAGAGUUCACGGAGGAGACCAGGGGCAGGGGCCUCCUGGCGAGCUGGUGCGACCAGGAGGCGGUGCUGCGGCACCCGGCGGUGGGCGUGUUCCUGACGCACAGCGGGUGGAACUCGACGCUGGAGUCGCUGUGCAGCGGCGUGCCGAUGCUGUGCUGGCCGUUCUUCGCGGAGCAGCAGACCAACUGCCGGUACAAGUGCGUGGAGUGGGGCGUGGCGAUGGAGGUGGGCGACAACGUGCGGCGGGAUGCGGUGGAGGGGAGGAUCAGGGAGGCGAUGGGCGGCGGCGGGAAGGGCGCGGAGAUGAGGAGGAGGGCGGCGGAGUGGAAGGAGGCCGCCGCUCGAUCGAGGGGCCCGUCGCUCGCCAAUCUUGAGAGGCUCAUCGCCGAUGUGCUGCUCUCUGGUAAACGACGAGCUAGCUAGAGCCCCUCAUCACGAGGAAGCGUGCGCGCGGAGAAGGGAUCUGGGUUAAACGAACGCGGCCGAUGUACUCCGUAUGGUUCCGACAUGGUCUGUUAAUUAAUACUAUCUCCGUUUCAUAUU